AGUUACCCUAACUCCUAACUGUCGUCUUUAAAUACCUUGACGUACUAAGCAUAUUCUUCUAGCAUCCAAACUAGAAGCGGGAAGACUCCCUGUAGCUUACCUUUAGCACAGCAACGAGGAGAUAAUUUCCCGAUCUUUUUCACAUCUCCACUCUCCACUUUACGUGUGCCGCAUUUGCACAUGAAUUGUUCAUGCGGGAAAUGCCCGCUUAAAGAUUCUUGGUAUAGUUCAGGGAUAGGGGCCCAAGUCACAUUAUUAUUGUAAUGGGCCGCCAUGGGGUUUCAAGUAUUUCAUACUCGGUCAGGUCUCAAUACCGUCUGAGCUAUAUCCAUUUUGACUUUUAUCAACCUCAGCAACCUCAAGUCAAGAUAACAUAAUCCGUACCUACCUACCUACACAUUUACAUCACAUAAACUUUUCAGUCUCAUUAUACUCAGCCAUGCUCGAGGACGGAUCUGAUCAGGAUGUAGUCCUAGUGACACAACUACCAUCAGACUCUUGGUUUGAAGCUUUUGCUUUUCGGCCCAAUGGCAAAAUCCUAGCCUGUCGACUAGACGAACCUGAAUUAUACACAUUUAAUCCCGAAGACGCAAAUGCGACACCUAAGCUACUGCAUAGUUUCGAACAACAUGCGAACGGUCUUGUCGAUGCGGAUCCAAUACCGGGUACCAAAGAUGAAUAUUUCAUUCUUUCAACCGUUAGUGAUCUAGUUAACGUCGAGUUCAACGAUUUUAUCAUAUGGCGCGUAGCGCUCAGCCCCGACGACAGCAGUCCGCCCAAAGUCACCAAAGUAGCCGAAAUCCCAAAUGCAGGCCUCUGCGCAGCCGCCGUCGCCAUUUCAGAUCGUGUGUUGAUAAUACCAGACUCAACUAAGAAUUGCAUAUGGCAUCUCGAUACAGUGACAGGUCAAUCAUCAAUACUCAUGGCUGACGACUCUAUGAAGAUUGCAAAUGGCGAAGGAAAUUUCUUUGGCCUUAACCGGAUAUGCAUCACGGAUGCGUUUAUAUGGUUUACGAAUACCAGCGCUGGUACAUUAGGUCGCAUCCCGAUCGAACGAGUUCAAGAUGAUCCAUCUGUAGGAAUCCGCAUAAAAGGACCUGUGCAGAUUCUUACCGAUGAGAUCACUGACUGCGACGGGCUGGUCCUUACGCGGGAUGAGACUGCGGCCUACACGUGUAGUUAUAAGGAUGGGUUUAUCUGGAAGGUCGAUGUCGAACCCUCGACGGGCAAGGCCACGACAAGUGUUGUCUUACGAAAUUUAGCCUCCCCAACAGCCGUCGAGCUGAAUUACGUCAAUGACAAGCCGAAAUUGUUUAUCGUGUGUUGCGGGGAGAUCCAGAUGGCUUGGAUUCAGGAUAAGGAAAACCCCUGGAGCGACAUCGCAGGUAUUAAUUCAGCGGUGACGGUUCAAAUUGAGACUCGGGAAGUCGUUGAGACUGUUUGAUAUUAGCGUAUUCGGGAACGGCAGCUUGGCUUGGUUAUCUACGCUGGUACAAUUGAUGACUAGCCCAUAUACCCCCUUUAAUGACACGAAACAUUAGGCAUAAGAUAUAACAUGUAAUGAAG